GUCCCGGGAAACAGUCCCGCCCGGUCUCCAUGCAGAAAACAACGUUUGCUGUUUGAGAAACAAAAAAGAAAGAAAUCCCGAACUUGGGAAAAUACAAAAAGUUGGUAAAUCUUGCUUCUCCAAGACUUCCCGGAACUGGGAACUGACUGAGGUCAGGGCAACAGUCACAACAGUAACCAUGACAGAGAGCCCUGACCAGGGGACAUCUUUCAUAGUGAUGGCUACCUGGCAUCUUUUGACCAGCCGUCUCAGGCUUAGGGGAAAUUCCCACCUUGCAAAUCUGUUUCACAAAUGAAGAAGUCAAAAUUCCAGGCUCCUUCGUGAAUGGCAAGCAGGGCUGGUAGCAAUCAGUUGCUGUGUGCACAACCUCACAGGAGCGACACGAGGCCACAGGCUCUGCAGGACACGUCUGUAUCGCUGGUGUGGGAGAUGCCUUCCAGACCCCCAGUGGAUGCCUGAAAGUACAGAUAGUACCCACCCAUAUACUGUGUUCUUGUGAUCUGGUAACCAAGACGGCCACUAAGUGACUAAUGGCAGAAAUGAAGGUGCACAUUGAGGAAGCCAUUUCAACCAUUGGCAGAGAUAUGCUACAGAGAGUCUGAGAUUAACCAUCAUGUGACACAAGAGGCACAGAGUGAACAACUAGGCACCGAAGACUACAAAACAACAUUUGCUAAUAGUGGAAAAUAAACAGCUUCUUGGGAAACAAGGCUUCAUCAUGCAAGAGUUUAUAAGUGUUGAAAAAGAUGACUCUCUACAAUGCCCACACCAGAGGAUAUUAUUCUACAAAUAAGGGCCCAGCAUGACAUUUAUGAGAAAGCCGGGGUCCUCCUGUGCGAAGCUGAUUGGUGGUCAGCCAAUGGGCUCCAGGGCGCUGCAAAUAAAGGCACCUUCUCCACUGGGCUGUUCAGAGGCAGGGCGGAGGGUUGCCUCUGCCUGUGGAACUUGAGGACAUCCUCAGCUCCCUUUACAGCAGCACGAGUCUGUGGCCAGAGAAGAGAAACCAGACUCCAAAAAUGAAACAUCUUCUUCCCCAAUUCCCUCCCAUCUUGGUCAUCUACUGCUUCUGCAUGCUGCAGAUUCCCUCCUCAGGACUUCCGCAACCUUUGGCUGAUCUUCCAGAUGGCUUGGAUAUUGUGCAGCUUGAGCAACUGGCAUAUUGUCUGAGUCAGUGGGCAACUCUUUCUAGCCAACCUAAGGAUAACCAAGACAGAUACAAGCGGUUUUUAUUUCACUACUCCAGAACUCAGGAGCCAACACAUCCAGUUAAAACUGGGUUUCCUCCCGUGCAUCCUUUAAUGCGCCUGGCUGCCAAGCUCGCCAACAGACGGAUGACAAGAUUUCUGCAACGAGGGACGGGGGCUGCUGCAGUGCACUUUACCAAGAAGGAUAAUGCUGCCACCCCAGGACGACCAUUUUUCCUUUUCAGGCCAAGGAAUGGAAGAAACAUUGAAGACAAGGCCCAGUAGAUAGUCCAAGGAUUCAAUAGCACAGGAAAGCUGGAUCUGAUGAGGCCAUUCAGUGAUGAUUUUGCACAAAUGUCACAUUUCUCUCUGCAAACAAUAUUUGAAGCUAUUUCUUUUGCUCUGUAUUCACUAGAAUAUUUAGUUGUAUAAAAAUA